UGCCCGGACCAUCUACCUCACGACCGGCGGAAGCUGCCAGCUCGCGACUUGCGAUCUACUAGUCCCUUCUCCGUCGAUGCUCUGGUGACGCUGCCACCGUCACAGUCACCACGACGCAGACAAUAUGAGAGACUCCAAUGGCAACGCCAAGGUUCGAUGGUUUUGGAUUUGGGUGAUUGCUUCCCUCAUUUUCAGGCUCAUCCUUCUUUACUUUCCUGAAAGCGUCAACCUCUCUUCUCGCCCGGAAGUGUCCACUCCUCUCACCAGCAUCCGUCGUCUGGCCGAGGGAUACUGGUUGAAGCAAUCUUCAUUGUCACCUUAUGCAGGAUCAAUGUACCAUGGGUCUCCUCUGUUACUGACACUCCUAGGCCCGCUAACUGUUAGAAGAAUUGAAGGACAACCGGAUCAUCUCUUAUGCAGUUUAGUUCUUGUGAUUGCAGAUGUGGUUACUGCAAUGCUCAUUCGUGCUGCUGGUCAAAGCCUUAAGAUGUCAUCAACUUCGAGUUUAAAAUCCAUAGGCCUUCAUCACUUGCUAGAAUACUCUGCUUCAUUGUUGCUUUCAGAACAUCUUCCCUCUGGAGAUAUUGCUGCUCUUGUAUACCUAUGGAAUCCGUUCACAAUAGCAGCAUGUGUUGGUUUGUCCACGUCUGCAAUUGAGAAUUUGAUGAUUGUACUAUCACUUUAUGGAGGAUGUACACGACAAGCUCCGGUGGCAGCUUUUGGGUGGGUCAUGGCCACACAUUUGUCUCUGUACCCUGCAAUAUUAAUUAUCCCAGUGGUUUUGUUAUUUGGUUAUGGUCCAGAUGCUCCUCCGAGGAAAUUAUUACGGCAAAGGACAAAAACUGACAGUUCCUCUUCAAUUGAUAAGGGUUCUGUAGAAAAGGAUGUGAAGAAUCAGCUAAGGGGGCUGAACUUCUUUUCAUGGAAACCAGUCUUACAUGUUUUGUUCUGGAUUUUGCUGUGGUCAUCCUAUGUUUUAGUUUUAUGUGGUAUUUAUGCCAGGCGGCAUGGCAGUCUUGAGGAGUUAUUUAAAAGAACUUAUGGCUUCAUUCUUACCAUACCUGAUCUUUCUCCAAAUAUAGGUGUUCUGUGGUACUUCUUUGCGGAAGUUUUUGACUUCUUCAGAAACUUUUUCCUAAUAGUGUUCCAUGGGAAUGUUUUGUUGAUGAUAGUACCAUUGGCCUUACGGCUUAAUCACCGCCCAUGCUUUCUAGCUUUUGUAUAUACUGUGAUUACUUGUAUGCUGAAGUCUUAUCCAUCGGUUGGUGAUUCGGCUCUAUACUUGGGCUUACUGGGGUUAUUUGCUUAUGAACUCUCUGACAUGAAGUUUUCAUUCUUCCUGUUUAGUGGUUAUGUUGGCGUUUCACUUCUUAGCCCUGUCAUGCACAACCUAUGGAUAUGGCGGGGUACGGGGAAUGCAAACUUCUACUUUGCGACUGCAAUUGCUUAUGCUUGCUUGCAGCUUGUUCUGGUGGUUGAAAGUGUUAGUGCCAUGCUGAAUCAUGACAGAAUGCUUACAAAGCUAUCUGCGGCAAAGCUUCAAGAUGUCAAACCUUGAAGAACUCCUUAGAAGUACGCUUGCAUAUAUGAACAUUGAGUUUCUCUGUAUUCUAUGAGCUCCAGAAGGACCAUGACCCGUGUUCCGCAAUCCAUGAUUGUGCCAUUAUUCAAUCCCUGUGCAAAUCCUCUGUAUCUGCUUGAACAUGGAUUGUUGCGAUCGUGUUUAGCUUUUAGAAGAAGAUUAUCAGUAUCUGGAUAGAAUUCAAGAAUAGAGAAUUACAAAAUCUUAUCUCAUUGCUCAACACUCUUGGCUUUCAAUUAUAAUGGUGAUUUGUCAUGUUUGUCCUACGAGGUACACUAAUUCGGUCAACUUGUAUAAUUGUGCAAUUUCUGGGUGCAAGUGUUAUUGGUAAUUUUAUAACUUGUGCCUCACCA